AUGUUUGCGCGUUUCCAGGCAAAGCUGUUCGGAUCGAAGGAGAUGAGACUAUUGAUGUUGGGUCUUGAUGCCGCCGGAAAGACAACAAUACUCUACAAGCUGAAGCUGAACCAAGGAGUCACCACCAUUCCUACCGUCGGAUUCAACGUCGAGACCGUCACAUACAAGAAUGUCAAGUUCAAUGUCUGGGACGUCGGUGGUCAGGACAAGAUCCGACCUCUUUGGCGCCAUUACUUCUCUGGUACACAGGGUCUCAUCUUCGUGAUCGACAGCAAUGACCGAGACCGCAUCGACGAAGCGCGGCAAGAACUGCAUCGGAUUAUCCAGGACCGUGAGAUGAAGGAUUCGCUGUUAUUGGUGUUUGCGAACAAGCAGGAUUUACCCGGAGCCAUGCCGCCGGCCGAGGUGACCGAGAAGCUUCAGCUUUCGAAACUCAAGGAUAGGGUGUGGUACGUGGUACCGAGUUGUGCCACUACGGGAGAGGGACUGUUUGAAGGCCUGGGUUGGCUAUCCACAAACGUCAAGACCGCGACUCCGGCGGCACGCAAGUAA